AUGUUGCAGAAAAUUCCGAAGGUCAAGUCAGCGAUUAGAAAGAUAGUCUUAAGAACAUUGAAGCUUCUCUUUUGGGGAAUAAUACUGCAAGGAGGAUACUCUCAUGCACCAGAUGAUCUGUCCUAUGGAGUUAACAUGAAGCAAAUCAGAUGGUGCGGCAUCCUCCAGAGAAUAGCUUUGGUAUACUUUGUCGUGGCUAUUAUAGAGACCCUCACCACCAAGCUCAGACCAACAGUUCUAAACCCCGGUUAUCUCUCCAUUUUCACCGCCUACAAAUGGCAAUGGUUUGGAGGGUUUGUUGCGUUUGUUAUAUACAUGGUGACAGCAUUCGCUUUAUAUGUUCCUGACUGGAGCUUCGUCGUGCACCAUAAGCUUGGAGCUGAGAAAUACACUGUGAAAUGUGGAAUGCGAGGGCAUUUUGGACCUGCCUGCAAUGCAGUUGGUUAUGUGGAUAGACAAGUCUGGGGUAUUAAUCACCUCUACUCGCAACCCGUCUGGUCGCGAUUAAAGGCUUGCACCUUCAGUUCACCUGAUUCUGGUCCACUACGCAAGGAUGCACCAAGUUGGUGCCGUGCUCCUUUCGAACCUGAAGGCCUAUUGAGCACAAUUUCAGCCAUCCUCUCUGGCACAAUUGGCAUUCACUAUGGACAUGUAUUGAUUCAUGUAAAGGAGCAUGCUGAAAGGCUCAUGCACUGGAUUUCAAUGGGGCUUGUUUUACUUAUUGUAGCAGUUAUUCUUCAUUUUACAGAUGCUAUUCCUAUCAACAAGCAGCUAUACAGCUUCAGCUAUGUUUGUUUCACAGCAGGUGCAGCCGGAAUUGUAUUUUCCGGGUUCUACAUACUGAUCGAUGUCUGGGGGCUGCGUACACCAUUUUUGUUCCUGGAAUGGAUAGGGAUGAAUGCAAUGCUAGUUUUUGUAAUGGCAGCUCAGGGAAUUUUCGCAGCUUUCAUAAAUGGAUGGUAUUACAAGAACCCAGACAACAAUCUAGUCAACUGGAUUCAGCAGCAUGUUUUUAAUGAUGUUUGGAAAUCUGAAAGAGUGGGGACUUUAUUAUAUGUAAUAUUUGCUGAAAUCACCUUCUGGGGUGUCGUUGCUGGAGUACUGCACAAACUGGGUAUAUACUGGAAACUAUAAGAGGGAAUUUCUAUAUCAUUGUAAUGAAGUAGACAUAUAUAGUUUAAAGGAUGAACA